AUGUCAUUUAUUACUCUAGCAAUUGUAUUGUUUAUUAGCAGUCCAUUGAUUUUAUGUAAAAAACAAGAUCCAGUAUGUGUUGAACCUCUAGACGGUGUUGCAGCUUAUCCAUGUGAAAGUCGUCCGAGUAGAGAACCACUUAGUUUACAAUAUAGCAAAGCUCAAAUUAGUAAACCAGCACCACCAUUCGAAGGUUUAGCUGUGAUUAACGGAGAGUUUAAAGAUAUUAGUUUAAAUGAUUUUAAAGAUAAAUAUCUUGUACUUCUUUUCUAUCCAUUAGAUUUUACAUUUGUGUGUCCAACAGAAAUCAUUGCCUUCUCCGAUCGCAUUCAAGAAUUUAGAAAUAUUAACACUGAAGUUAUUGCCAUUUCUGUUGAUUCACAAUUUACUCAUUUAGCAUGGAUCAAUACACCUCGUGAACAAGGUGGUUUAGGCAAAAUUCAAAUUCCACUUUUAUCUGAUUUAACACAUCAAAUUUCAAAAGAUUAUGGUGUUUAUUUACAAGAUGUUGGCCAUGCAUUAAGAGGAUUAUUUAUUAUUGAUGGACGUGGUAUUCUUCGUCAAAUUACAAUGAAUGAUCUUCCUGUUGGUCGAUCAACUGAUGAAACACUUCGACUUCUUCAAGCUUUUCAAUAUACUGAUAAACAUGGCGAAGUAUGUCCUGCUGGUUGGCGUCCAGGUGGUGAUACAAUUAUUCCAAAUCCAGAAGAAAAACUGAAAUAUUUCAGUAAAAAUUAUGACUCAAAAAAGAAUUAA